CCGGCUCAUCCCGUCUGCUCCAACAGAGCCGAUCACGCCGCCAUGCACGCAACAGAUUGGUCUGAUCUCCCGCUGGAUCUGGCCCGCGAGAUCUCCGGCCGCCUGCAGCACGACGCCGUCGACUUAGUCCGCUUCCACGCCGUCUGCAAGCCAUGGCGGAACUCCCGGACGACGACGGCGACGGACCAGUUUCUGCCCUGGCUCGUCCCGGCGGUCAAGGAAGACGUGACGCGCAUCGAGAUGAGAUGCGUCCUCUCCGGCUCCAACUACCGCUCGCAGCCGCUGCUGUCCGAGCCGGUCUCGGGGUACUGGGUCAUCAGCUCCAGUGGCACCGCCCUCCGUUGCCUGACCAUCGAACGCCUCCGUCCUAGCCUCCAUGACCCUCUCACCGGAGCCGCCGCACGCCUGCCUCUACUGCCGCAAUCCCUCGGCCUGUGGGGGAAGGAGAUCCAUCCCCACGGAGUCAUCUACGGCGACGGCGCAACCCUUCUCUACAGCAUCUCCACGGCUGCUUGCGUAGUUGGACACAGGCCCACGGCCAGGUUCAGGGCGGCUCUACUUCGCCCCGGGGACGCAGAGUGGGCAAUCCUCGAGAGGACCCUCGAGCAUCAGCUUCGCUACAGGGGCUGGCCACCUCCUCAACCUGUUCUGUCGUCUGUCACAUACCACGACGAUGGUAAGAUCCUGGCCGUCAUGGAGGCUGACCAAUGGUGGCGCCCUGUCACACCAAACAGCAAUAUCGCCCCCGAUGAGCUUGCCAAGAGCCGGGGGACGCCGGUGGUGCAGGUAUGGUUUGGCCAAUCCACCUCCAAUUACAACUACAUCCUUGAGUCCAGUGGCGAGAUUCUAUGGGUGUCUAUUAACACCCGGGAAGUUGACAGGUAUCUCAUAGGGACAAACCCUUGCCUUCUCAAUGUCAAGGUGUCAGUGCACGCACUCCAGGAGCCUCUGUUGUCACAAUCGUCGCCAUUGGAGAAGAUGAGAUGGGUGAGAAGGGAUGGCCGUAGUCUGGCCGACCGCGUGCUGUUCCUCGGUACACGCCAUAGCUUUGUUGUGGAUGCGGGGUGGGUGCCCAAUGGCAACGGCGGGUGUGCCUACUUCGUGUACCACAAUAAUAAUGCCUUUACAUAUGGGAGGCGUGCCGUGUUCAGGUGCAACCUCAUCAAUGGCAGGACUGAGCUUGUACAACGGCUCCCUCGAUGUUGGGACUACAAAAUGUGUCUCUGGUUCAACCCUGAAUCCGUCAUUACUCCUCCCCGGGAAAUCAUUGAGGAGUCACUGAAGCAGCAACAGCAAAUAGCUCCAAGAAUUUCUAGUCCACCAAGACACACCAUUCACAUCGAGAGACAUCGUGUGCCUAGUUUUAGGGUGCUGGUGCGCAAUCUUCCUCUCACGGUGAAGAACACUCAGCUACGGCUCUUCUUCAGCGAGCACGGUAAAGUGUCCAGCGCUGAGGUGAUAUGCUAUAAGAAGACCAGGGCCUCACAGGGUAUUGGCCAUGUGACCAUAGAGACGACACAUUCCCAUGAGGAAGAUGCUCUUGCUGCUCUCAAUGAACUGGUUUUGGAUGGAUGCCAUCUCGAGGUUAGCUUGAUUAAGGAGGGGCAGCCACCACAACGUCCGUGUCAGUGCAGAUAGAUCAAAAAACUUGGAUUUUCAUUUUGAUGAUUAUAAAAGUGAAUGUUUGUCU